AUGGUCGACAUUCCCCAAACUGAUGUGUCGCGGCCAGCAGCACUUCCUACUGCAAAGCUGCUGCAACGAAGCGCAGUCCCGUCCAUAGACCAGAAUUCGAGCGAAUAUCUGGACUCAAUUGAGGAGGAAUGGAACAAGAAAGUGGACGUCGAGAUUGACACGUUGGUGGACGGCAUGGUCGACCUCGUUGGACUGGCUUCUAUCGGCGAGAAGGACAAGUUCAAGAUUGCACAGGAGGCAUACCAGGCAGAAUGUCGCGCUGAAUCUAUGGCGACGCAGAUUCGGGCGGCCCAUUCCCUUCUGUCCGUCAUCCACUCUAUGAAGCUGCUCCUGUUGUUGUCAGACGAGUCGCAAAUCGCAAACCGUCGGGAUGCUGAAAUGCGCGUGGUGCAGUCAGACAAGGAGAAUUUGCAGAAACAAGUGGCAUCUAUGCUCGACGACCUGUUGCAUCCUCGCAAACCCGGUUCUGAAGGGGACACUUCACAACCACUUAUGGACACAUCGUGA